UGUGACGCGUAUUAAUAAUAUCAAGAAGCUAUGCAUAAUUUAGAAGAUUAUCAGAUAUUACAGGAAGGAAUGGGUUAAGUUUUUUUUUUUUUUUUUUAAAGUCUAACCAUUUAUUUAAAGUGUUAUUGAAUUAUUCGAAGUCGUAGCAAGGGAGAGAGGGAGGCGCUAGACUGGUUACCUCCGCGCAUGCUUUUCCCAAAUAGUCUCUUGCUUGCUCCCUUAAACUCUCAAGGGGGCUGUGACAAGUAGGGUACUCUAUACUGAGCGGGUCUGGAGUUUGAAAUCUGAUCGUUGCUAUUUUUUUUUGCUUCUGUUACAUGAAGAACAUCGUUGCCAGUUCGGGAUCUCAAGCCAAGAUUCCACACACCAAUAACAGAGCACUGACACUUUCCAAGGAGCUAUACUACUAGCAAGCAAGGCGGACAUUCAGAGAAGCCGCGGCACGGGCAAGCACUGGACGUUAUCCUUUAUCGCAGUCUAUACUUGUUUAUACAGCCACAUCUCUGAAACAGGGGGUCCACUGUACAGCUCCAGCGGGAACUGUUUUAUACAAAUAAACGUAAACAUCAGUUAAUUAAAUUGGAGGGUUGUUUGCAGAGCGGCUGAAACGUUGAAAGCUCUGUAAGCAAACCGAAGAAGAAGAAGCGUUUAUUGGAUAUAUUUCUUUAAUUUUUCGACUUUUUUGUUAUUAUUCUUCUUAUUUUUUUUUUUUAGAAGGAAAGGAUUUUACAAAGUUUUCAUACACGACACAAGUGAAACGAUUUCAACGUCUUUUCAUUCAAAGCACCUUGGGAGGAAUUUUGUCAGAAACAGCAAACAGUAAAGUGGCUCUAGCCUAGAAGAUUCUGGUCAACUCCGGGAAAGCAAGUGUAGAAGAGGGCUGAAAGUGUUCCUCCCACCUGCGAGAAGCAUGCGGCCGGAGGAUGUCUGAAGCUGGAUGGGGCUGUAGCAGUCGACUUCUCUCCAACACCUCUAGAGGAAUGAUUGCUUUGUGGUUCACACUCUGUUUUUACCUAGCGACUGUCAACAGCAUUCCUGCAGCCAGGCUGCCCAUCGCCCAGCUGGAGGAGAGGACGACAAACAGACCCUCAGAUUAUUUGUCGAGCAAAACCGUGUUUCUGGAGGAGUUUGUGCUGGGAAGUGGCGACACCCUCGAGCUGUCCUGCAACACGCAAGGCUCCUCCCUGUCUGUCGUCUGGUUCAAGGAUGGUGUUGGAGUCAUUCCAAGCAACAGGACUCGUGUCGGGGCAAGACAGCUCAAAAUCAUCAAUGUCUCGUAUGAAGACUCGGGGGUUUACACCUGCAGGCUGGCGCACAGAAACAAUGUUCUGAGCAACUUCACUGUCAAAGUAACAGACUCCUUAUCUUCAGGAGAUGACGAAGACGACGAUGAAGAAUCAGAAGACUCAGGUAAUGAAGCUCCAUAUUGGACACGUCCGGAGCGAAUGGAGAAGAGGCUCCUAGCAGUUCCUGCUGCCAACACAGUGCGAUUCCGCUGCCAGGCAGCCGGGAACCCAAUACCCACAAUCCACUGGCUAAAGAACGGCAAGGAGUUCAGGGGGGAGCACCGUAUUGGAGGCAUCAAGCUAAGGCACCAGCAGUGGAGCCUUGUGAUGGAGAGUGUGGUUCCUUCGGACCGGGGAAACUACACCUGCGUAGUGGAAAACAAGCACGGUAGCAUCAGCCACACAUACCAGCUCGACGUCCUGGAGAGGUCACCCCACAGACCUAUCCUGCAGGCUGGGUUACCCGCUAACCAGUCGGUAGUGUUGGGCAGCAAUGUCGAGUUCCAUUGCAAAGUGUACAGCGACGCCCAGCCCCACAUCCAGUGGCUCAAGCACAUAGAGGUCAAUGGCAGCAAAUAUGGGUCGGAUGGCGUGCCCUACGUCACCGUACUGAAAUCCUGGAUAAGUAAAAAGGCUGAAGCUGAUGCUAAGCUGGCUCUGUACAAUGUGACAGAGCAGGACGUGGGAGAGUAUCACUGUAGAGCCUCCAAUUUCGUAGGCUUCGCCGAAAAGCCUUUCUGGCUUCAUAUUCUCAAACCGACACCAGUGGAAGACAUGGUCAAGGAGGAUGACUCAGGCUCUGUUUACGCUGAUAUCCUGAUCUACGUGACAGGCUGCGUCCUCUUCAUCCUGACCAUCGUCAUCGUCAUCCUGUGCAGAAUGAGGAUGUCCACCAAGAAGACCCUCAGCACUCCUACUGUUCAGAAACUCUCCAAGUUCCCCCUCAAGAGACAGCAGGUGUCCUUGGACUCCAACUCGUCCAUGAAUUCCAACACCCCAUUGGUCAGAAUCGCCCGCCUGUCAUCCAGCGAUGGACCAGUGCUGGCGAACGUGUUGGAGCUGGAGCUGCCUGCUGAUCCGAAGUGGGAAUUUCAGCGCACAAGGCUGACGUUAGGAAAGCCGCUGGGAGAGGGCUGCUUUGGACAGGUGGUUAUGGCAGAGGCUAUAGGGAUAGACAAAGACAAGCCAAACAAGCCUGCCACUGUUGCAGUGAAGAUGCUUAAAGACGAUGCCACAGAUAAGGAUCUUUCUGACCUGGUCUCUGAAAUGGAAAUGAUGAAAAUGAUUGGAAAACACAAGAACAUUAUUAACCUCUUGGGAGCCUGUACUCAAGAUGGUCCGCUGUACGUCUUGGUUGAAUACGCAUCUAAAGGAAACUUGAGAGAGUAUCUUAGAGCACGGCGUCCUCCUGGCAUGGAUUACUCCUUUGACACCUGCAAAAUCCCAGACGAGCAGCUCACCUUCAAAGAUUUGGUAUCCUGUGCUUACCAGGUGGCCCGAGGCAUGGAGUACCUGGCAUCCCAAAAGUGCAUUCAUCGAGACCUGGCUGCCAGAAACGUGUUAGUAACAGACGACAACGUGAUGAAGAUUGCAGACUUUGGCCUGGCCAGGGAUGUACAUAAUAUUGACUACUACAAAAAGACAACAAAUGGUCGGCUGCCUGUGAAAUGGAUGGCCCCAGAAGCAUUGUUUGACAGGGUCUACACCCACCAGAGUGAUGUCUGGUCCUAUGGAGUUCUGUUGUGGGAGAUCUUUACUCUGGGGGGGUCUCCAUACCCCGGAAUCCCUGUUGAAGAGUUAUUUAAGCUUUUGAAGGAAGGCCAUCGGAUGGACAAGCCUGCAAACUGCACACACGAACUAUAUAUGAUAAUGAGAGAAUGUUGGCAUGCAGUUCCCUCACAGAGACCAACCUUCAAACAGCUGGUGGAGGACCAUGACAGGGUCCUGACAAUGAUGUCCACCGAUGAGUACCUUGACUUGUCGGUAGUGUUUGAGCAGUAUUCACCUGCCUGCCAGGACACUCGCAGUACCUGCUCUUCGGGGGACGAUUCCGUCUUCACCCACGAGCCCUUCCCUGAUGAACCUUGUCUUCCCAAACACCAACAGUGUAACGGUGUCAUCCGGGCUUGAACACUUUGACCUUUUUCUAGAAAACAGAUAUUCCAGAUUGUUGGUCUGGUGCCUUUGGACACAUUACUAUGAAGAAGGAAACAACAACAACAACAACAAACAUGGAACAGUAGUUUUAAAGAAACUUUCCUGAGCCUUGCCUUUUUUUUUUCUGAAUGCUGUAUACAAAGUCGAGAAGCACUGUUUGGCUUGAAGGAACUAUUUUGAUUCUUUGCAAAGAUUUAUUUAACAAUGUCUUGGUUUUUUCGUUGUUUCCCCCAAUAUGUAUAUAUAUAUAUAUAUAUAUAUAUAUAUAUAUAUAUAUAUAUAUAUUAUAUAUAUAUAUAUAUAUAUACUUCUAGCUUUUUAAUGAUAGUGUUAGAGCAAAACCAUUCUGUGCCUACAAACUUAAAGAAAGGACAGACGUGAAACUGCAAGAAACGAUUCCUGUAUGACAAGACACAAUGUUUGGGUGCAGAUUACCCCAUUCAAGGCUUAAGCCUUAUGGAACUUAGAGACUUAGAGCCAGUCAAUGGAAACAGUCUAAACACAGUAUUCGUGUACGUGCACACUGCUGCACUGCUGCAGCGACCCAAUCUGCACAUACUGAUCAGGGUUCAGUAAAAAGCAGCACAGACUUGACUCGCCAUCUAAUUUUUUUUUUAACUCACUUCCAUGAGUGUUGGAGAAUAGUGUGUUUAAGUCAGCUGAUGAAUACUGGUACAGAGGAGGGUUCUUCUCAAUACUGGAGUGUGGAAAGGAAGAAAUGAAUGCUUUUAACACUCGCUGAUCAAAAAAAAAAAAAAAAAGAAAUU